UUUGUUCGCUCUCAUUCACAUUUUCGUGUUCUCAUCACCUUCAUCCUUCACCAACAAGAUAAUUAGUUUUUUUUUUGUAAAAUAUAUAGAAAAAUAAUAAUUAAGUGUUUUCGUUUGUUUAAUAAGUGACUUAAUAAUUAAAAUACAACCGUCUUUUUAUAAAUCGUAAUAAUGAAGAUCUGGACAAUUGAACAUACAUUCAAUCACCCGUGGGAAACAGUCGUGGCAGCGGCGUUAAAAAAAUAUCCUAACCCAUUGAAUGAAGCUGUACUUGGUACUGAUAUUAUUGAUAGAAAAAUAAUUAAUGGUACACUUUAUACACACAGACUUGUUGUCAGUGAAUUUAAAUUUCCCAGAACAGCACAAGCGAUACUUGGACAUGUAAAAACUCAUUAUGCUAGUGAAAAAAGUGAAGUUAAUCCUGCAACUAGAGAAAUGGUUCUUCGGACGCGAAAUUUGUCUUUUAGUAACUACAUAGAUGUCGGCGAAACGUUACGUUACAUUCCCCACCCCCAAGACAAAAAUAAAACACUUCUCAAACAAGAAGCCAUUGUUACUGUCCAAGGAGCACCUCUUGCUUCAUACAUGGAAGAUCUUUUAACCAAAAGAAUUUCUUUUAAUGCUGGAAUGGGACGACAAGCUGUUGAAUGGGUGAUCAAGCUAGACACGGAAAUGAAGGAUCUAGCCAACACGGCAGUUAAGUCAACAGAUGAAUUGCUGUCGCAAACACGCCGUCAGAUAGAUGACAUAACGAUUAAAACAAAACGUGGAAUGGAUGAUCUUCAGCAUGCAGCUAAAAAGUCAUUAGAUGAAAUUCAAACUUUUACGGCGCCACCGUCGCCCCAAUCUAUGCCUAAAUUAUAGCUAAGAUUGCGUACUAGUUUCAAUUUAUUCAAUUAAAUGCGAUUUGAUUUUUUAUUUUUAUCAUUUCAUUCAA